AUGAAUAUCUGUAUAGACUCGGGGAAUAUCGUGUGUCACCCUGUCAAGUUCGGACUUCGCAUAAUCGGCGUAUGGCCGGGCACGUCAUAUGCAAUCUUACGCAGAAUGUUGUGUAUAUCUUCAAUGGCGGUGUUUCAGAUUUUUCAAUAUUGGCACGUGAUCUUGCAUUUCGACCAGAAGGAUCUCUUACUCCUCAUGGACGUAUUAAGCGCAACUAUGGCUUACAGCCUUCUGUUAAUCAAAUUGAUUAUUUUUGCAUUCAAUGCUCGUCUGCUGAACGAAAUCAUAGCACACGUAGUAGCUGACUGGAAGGAACGUGAUGUUUACGACGAAUACACGAUGACUAGGAUGGCGUACAUCUCUCGUCGGUUCUCCAACUUCAUAAUUGCUUUGUACGCGCUUUCGGUGUUCCUUUAUGCAACUGGUACUUUGUUGAGAUUUAAAAGUAAUAAUCAGACUGACACUCGAGAGCUUCUCCUUAAAAUGGAAUUACCUUUUGAGAUCAGGAGCACAUCGGUGCAUGUAGCUGUUUUUAUUACACAAUAUGUUCAUCAGACAAGCGCAGCCAGUAUCGUGGGCGUGAUGAAUUCCUUGCUAAUAACAUUAGUUCUUCAUGUGUGCGGACAGAUUGACAUUAUGCGACAAAAAUUGUGUGAAGUCACGCAAAAGGAUAUCAAGCGAGGUGUAAAUGGAAGGAUUAUAAAAAUGUUGAUUAUUCGGCAUCAAAAGAUUAUCUUUUUUUCCAAGAACAUCGAAGCCCUUUUCUCAAAUAUCGCGCUAUUACAAUUCGUAUCAAAUACUAUGGUUAUUUGUUGUCUAGGAUUUCUUAUUGUGAUCUCUAUUGGUGUCCCGGAUGGAAUGCCUAUGCUAAUAAAGUCCGUGUUCUUUUACAUUGUUAUGAGCAUGGAAGCGUUCAUAUUUUGUUUCCUCGGAGAGCAUCUCAGUACAAAAAGCCAAAAGAUCGGCGAUGCAGCGUAUGAAUUGCUUUGGUAUGAACUGAAUCCGAAUCAAAAUCGAGAUAUUUUAAUCUUGAUCAUAAGAUCACAGAAACACUUGACGCUCACGAUCGGAAAGGUCAUGGAUCUUUCCCUUAAGCACAUAGCCCAAGUCUUUCAGUACCGAUACGUAAUAAUGAAUAUUCAUAUGGAUGAUUUCUCCCAGUACAUGGACGGAGUGAGCAGCGCAAUGGCAUCUACUCUACUUUACAUUAAACUCGUUAUUCUUUGGACCCAUCAACGAAUAUUUUUUGAUGUAUUGCAAAUGAUGUCUACGGACUGGCAAGACUAUCAUUCAAACCGCUAUAGCUUACGCAUAAUGACAGACACGGCGAACGUUGCACAUCGCACUUCGAGAUGGAUUGUUGGCACGCAAGUGGUCGCUGUAUUUUUAUACAGUGCCGGUGUAUUCGCCGCUAACGUAAACGAUCCUGAAAGAUUAGAACCAUACGCGCGAGAACUUAUUCUAAAGAUGGAGCUGCCAUUCAAUAUUAGCACAAAUUUUAUUUACAUGACAGUUCAAACUGUUCAAAUUUAUCAUCUGCUUUUAGUCGCCUGCGGUAUAACGAUUAUUAAUUCACUUCUUGUUACUCUGAUACUUCACACCUGUGGUCAAAUUGACAUUCUUCGAGAAUGGUUGGCAAAAGUUUUUUCCAAAGAUUCAGCGGAUUCAAUGAACAAAAUUACUCUGCGAUCAUUGAUCACAAAGCACCAGCGUAUUAUAAAAUUUGCAGAAAAUAUUGAAACUCUUUACACGUACAUCGCAUUGAUGAUGCUCUUAUCAGACACAAUGAUUAUAUGUUGUUUAGGAUUUAUUAUCGUCACGUCGCUCGACACACCCAAUGCCGCAGCGAUUUUGGUGAAAUCUGUAUUAUUCUACGUCUCUAUGAACCUUGAGGCAUUCAUAUACUGCUUCUGUGGCGAAUAUCUGAGUGCUAAGAGCAAAAUGAUUGGAAGUGCGAUGUACGAUUCUCUCUGGUAUGAUUUUUCAACGAAAGAAAGUCGAACUGUACUGUUCCUUAUUCUGAGAUCACAAAAAAGAUUGACGAUCACGAGUGGAAAAAUUGUCGACCUUUCCUUGGAGCGAUUUACCAGUGUAGUAAAAGCAUCGUUGUCAUAUAUAUCGGUGCUAUUGGCAAUGUACUGA